CGGCGUUCAGCCAGUCACCGCUCGGACUACACACGGACGACAUUCGCGCGCGCGCGGUCGAGCAUUUUCCCGCCGCGAAUUUAAACGUGUUCUAAAUUCUACACGAGUUCCUUUCCGGCCAAUGAUAGUGUUCGAAUCAAUUUUAAUAUGCCUAAAAAGAAAUAAUUUUUAAGUUCUAAAACAGUAGUUUUAAUGCGUAUUUACGAGUUCACUGGAACAUGUGCUAAAUUGUGAAACUUGCUAAUGACAUUGCGAGCUGCAUGUUUAAAGUGCCGUUUUUCGCCUAUAAAAAUUCUGUGAUAGUAUUUGCUGUGAAACAUUGUACAAAAUAUUUGUGUUAAAAACUUUUUAGUUAUUGUAAAUUUCGAUCGGUUUCGUGAAAUUUGAUUUCGCGAAACAUAUAACAAAAAUUCUUUAUGAUAGGUCCAUAUAUGAAGUGUCAACAUUUCUUCCCUAAGCAUUAUGAUUUACAAAUGGAUAUUAUGAUAAGAGUGAAGUGUUGCCAAGAAACUAAAAACCCAAAGUGACGAAGUGCCCUGAGGUGUCUGUUAGUGCUGCGUUCCGUGCGAAGUUCCGUGCUGAUGUUGGAUAAAAUGUCUGAUAAAACGUCAUCGUCGGUGGGGCCGAGGAGUUUCGAGACUAUUUCGGAGGAGGACCUGGCGUCGCCGUGGGAGAAGUUAUUAGGAGAUGUGAAGCAUGCUGUUCCUACUAUAGUGAAGACCAAUGCCUCGAGUACUACGAUCGAGGAGGUGUCGCCGCACCCGCAGGCGAUGGACUUGGAGGCGAGCAAGUUGACGCGCUCGAAGAGUCUGAACCAACGGAGGAACAGUAGCAACGGUCUCCUGAGCUCGAUCCCGCGAGGACUGAGGUUGUCCCUCCGAGGAGUGCGAAGCGAGCCCUCCAGCGUCAAGGACGUGCCUACCACUAGGAAUGAUAGUUCCCUCAACCUUCUUCUUAGAUACCGCCAAGCCCGCUACGCCGCUCGUCGCGUGCGCAAACGCGUGAUCUUCAAGCACGGAGACUGUAACGUAGUUCAAUGGAACGUGGCCAAACGCAGGCGCCGAUACCUCCAGGACAUCUUCACCACCCUCGUAGACGCCCAGUGGCGCUGGACGUUAAUGGUGUUCGCGUUAUCCUUCAUCCUCUCUUGGUUACUCUUCGCACUCAUCUGGUGGCUCAUCAUCUUCACCCACGGAGACCUCAACCCCCCUCCCGCCAAUACUACCUUCAUUCCUUGCCUCAACAAUGUCAACACAUUCACUGGUUGUUUCCUCUUCUCCGUGGAAACCCAACACACCAUCGGGUACGGCUCAAGAACUACCAACGAAGAGUGCCCUGAAGCAAUAUUUGUCAUGUGCCUCCAAAGCAUUGUCGGUGUCUUCAUUCAAGCUUUCAUGGUGGGUCUAAUAUUCGCGAAGCUGGCUCGCGCCAAAAAGCGGUGCACCACUCUCCUGUUCUCGCGCAACGCGGUUAUCUGUUUGAGAGACGGAGAAUUUUGCCUUCUAUUCCGAGUGGGGGACAUUCGCAAAUCGCAUAUUCUGGAAGCACACGUGCGUGCCCAGAUCAUUCGGAAAAAGACAACCCGGGAAGGCGAGGUGCUGCCGUUCUACCAGCAGGAGUUGAAAGUCGGGGCUGAUGGAGAGGAAGACAGAUUGAUGUUCAUAUGGCCUAUGACUAUAGUGCACAAGAUCAAUGAGAAGUCCCCGUUGUACAAUCUGUCUGCCUCUGACAUGCUGCGGGAGAGAUUCGAGAUCGUAGUCAUGCUGGAGGGUGUGAUUGAGUCGACGGGCAUGACGACGCAGGCGCGAAGCAGUUUCCUACCAUCAGAGAUCCUGUGGGGUCAUCGCUUCGAGACCAUGGUAUCUUUCAGGAAGGAUACUGGUGAAUAUGAGGUGGACUACACGUGCUUCAACAACACCUACGAAGUGGACACCCCUCUCUGCUCCGCUAAACAACUAGAUGAGCUUCGUGCUACGGUCUCCACCUCUCAGAAACUUGAUCGCAUGCUCGGCACAAUCCCGAAGACGUUCUCCAACGACACGUUAGACCUGAGUUCCGUGGACUCCAUGUCUUUGGAUGAGCACAUCGAGAUCAAGAUUCCUGAAGCUCGAGCGAGGGAGAACCGUCUCAUGGCCCAGAACAAUUUCGUCCAGCACAUCAAUGAGAAAGUCCGAAACGGAAGCCACACCCAUUUGGCAGUCGAAAAUGGACUGGAGAGACCCCACGAGAGAGAAAGAGAAAACAAAGAAGAGAAAGAAGAGCACAAAAUCCGUAGGAGCCACAGUCACGCUAGUAUGAAGAAGGCCCAUCACGGGCUAACGCCGAAUGGAGUUGGCCACGUCGCCAAUGGCCAUGACCAUAAGGCUGAUGAUCAUCUUAAAAUUAUGAAAUCCCCCAGCGAAGCACACCUAGAAGAGAAGUCCCCCAUCCCCAUCCUGGUGACGUCAGCGGAGGCCGAGCCCGCCUGACAGCCACUGCGCGACUGCAACCGCCUGCUCGUGCCGGCGCCGUUCAAGCAACGCGUGCGCUUCUCCAGCGAGAGCCUCGAGAACGUACGGGAAGUAGAUGACUAGUAGAACGCAGUAGAACUCAGACGCUAGCCAAAAAGUAAUAAAUAAAUAAAUACCUACUAUUUACUCAGUCAACUUGAUAAAGACUAGAAUGCAAACUCCUUUCUGACGCCUAAUAGGACUAUUGACUGUUAUUUUUUAUUUACUUUCAUAAAUAUAGAAUACUCUUGGUUAUUUGGUUAUCAAUUUAUGUUUAUUUUGGAACUAUAUAAAACGUAAAAUUUUGUAUACUAGUUACCUACCCUAUUAUGUAACUAUAACAUCUAUCACAAUCAAAAUCCGAUUUCUGUUUUCGAUAUUCGUUUUUUUUCGUUCAAAAUGACAGCUCCUGUCAAUUUCUAGAAAUUUUAGUCAGUCCUAGGAUUUCUAUAUGUUAAGGUAGAGUUAUAGAAUUAAGUCUUCCGUUAUAGGCAGAAUAAUAAAUCAAAACAAUUAAAAUGGUAACAUAAAGUUGCUUUUUGGUCAGCGUCGUAAGAGGUCGACUAUGAUCAAAAUCCUAUAGGUAACAUAUUUAGUGCUUGUUUUAAUGACGUCAUUAUUUGUAAACUUAAAAAUAUGGAGGAGAAUAAUCACUAAAUUAUAUAUUAUCAUCAAAAAAUGUGAUAAUUUCAAGAAAUGGCUAUUAUAAUUAAAAAGUGAAAGAAAUAUUUUUCUAUAAAUUAGUAAAUUGUUUAGGUAAAAAUGUAAUCUCAUUGUAGUGUUUUCCAAAGUAUUGAAGUUAAUAAUUUGUGCUCCUAUAAAUGCCAAAAUUUAAGUAAGUAGGUAUUUAGUACUCGUGAAUGUCGUCUGAUCAAAGAAGUGACGUCAUAUUUAAAGAAACAGUUUCCUAUUCCUAAAACAAUAUUAUAAUGACUGUUCUAGUUGUUUUUGGAGUCCUAGUACUUAUAAUUUAGUUUAAUUUGUUCAAGUGAGUCGUACCAAAACAUAAAUUUCUUUGUAUUCUGAUUUUAUUACUUAUUUUCUUAUUACCAAGGUUGUUUCAAGGUCUAUUUUGUAUAUUUAUAGUGGUAAAGAAGAUAAAGCAUGUUCUUUUAUGUUUUUUGUUUCAAUACGGUAGAUAGUGCCAAGUCUUUGUGGACAUAUUUCUAGAUACUUCCCUAUCAUGUAUUAGUACAAAAAAAAGCAUUCCUUGUCUUCUUUUUACCGCUUAAUUUGUUUAAUAUCCAAUACCUAUAAACAGCGUUUUUUGAAUAUUAAUUAUAUCUACUAUCAUCUACUUACAACAUCGAUGUCACAGGGUGUGUUUAGACCAAGUAUUUAUUUAGUUUAGUGAAUAGUCGCGGGCACUGCAGGCUUGUAGUUAACAAGAAGCUUUAAUAUCUAAAACGUAGUGAAUAUCCUCCGCUGAUCGUGUGGUAGGUGGCCUAUAAUCUAUUUUUUUAUCUAUUUUUUACUUCUAAAAUUAUAGCAAAAAUGGCGCUUUUAUCUCACUGCUCCAUCGUUGACAUUGCAUAGAGUUGGGAAUCAUCGAAUGAAAAUGAAUCAAGUAUAAAAAAAAAUAGAUUAUAGGAUAUUAAAUAUUAAUCUGUCGACAGUCAAACUAACGAUGGAACAAUUGUAAAGGAAAUCAGACAUCGUAAACUCGUUCGAUUUCCUAUAGGAAAAUAAUGGCCCCUGUCUAUUUUAAAACCAGUAAAAGUGAGACCAAUAGAUCGAUUUUAUAGUUAUAAGUUAUAUUGGCUAUUUAAUGCGCUUAUUGUGGAUAAAAUCCAACCAAGAGAUGGUGCGAAUACGAAAUAAGUAUUAUUAAAAGUCUGUAACCAAGCUACGUAACUCGCGAAUGUACAAGUAGCUAUAAAAGUGCCUAAAUUUUGCUUAUUUCUACAUAGGGCGAUUGACAAAAAAUGAUCUUCUGAAACAAUUAUAGAAUAAAAAUAAUUAUAAUUAUGUAUAAUAUAGAUUAUGUUACAGAUUCUUUAACAAUUAACCCAGAAUUAGGUUAAUUUUAUAAAAAAAAACAAUAUAUUUUUCAGCUACAUACUUAAUUAGGUAUAUUUAUGUAUGCAAUCAUUAUGUUUUUACUUUUUUAUACAUUAUAAUAUUAUAAAAUAAUAAAAUUUAGUUUUUAAGAAUAUCAUUCAAAUUGUGAAGCGCUCUGUUUGGAAAUUUUGUACAAAUAGUUAUAUUAGUGUCUGUUUUAAAUGAUUAUUUAUUAUAAAAACAAAAUGUGUGAUAUAAUUAUAGUACGUUGAUUGUUACGUAAUUAUUCAUGUUAGCUUCCAAUUAAUAAAGUUAUAGGCACAUAACGAAUUUAUUAUUAUAUGUAAAAGUGUUUUAGUUUAGUUUUUAAGUACCGAUACCGAAUUUAUAAUCCAUAUAAAAUUCGAAGAAAUCGAAAUUAGUAUCUCCAAUACUUAAUAAUUAGAACCAACAAGUAUUUUUUUCCAUUUCGGUACCGGUAGCGAAAAACUAGGUAUUUUUACAAAAAAAAUAAUGUGUAACUUUAUACUGGCACUAGUAUUUAGUACAUUUCUCAACAUAAUUCGUCCCUAUCAUUAUUUUUAUAUUCUUUAAUAAGGUGGAUAAUACUAUUAUUUUAAAAAGUUAGAUAUUUAGAUCUUUCUCAUAAUCUGAGUGACUUUUUUCAAUUGGUGGUAUUAUUUCGUCUAUUCAAAUAGUGAUCCCAGGGGCCUGUAGCGGUGCAGGCGCCGCCAUAUUGGUUAGUUCAAUUUAAAUCUUUGUAUUUUCCUGAUGGUUUAUCAGAAAAAAGAGGUAUUAAAAUGUAUUUAUAAAUUUU